GCUCUGGGAUUCAUGAGUACAGGUGAUUCUUUACUGCCUGGAAAUCUUGGAAUGAAAGAUCAAGUCCUUGCACUGCAGUGGGUAAAACAAAACAUUCUUGCAUUUGGUGGUAAUCCAGAUGAAGUUACCAUUGAGGGCCAAAGUUCAGGAGGAGCUGCAGUUCAAUACCACAUGAUGUCACCCAAGUCAAAAGGUCUUUUCAAACGUGCCAUAGCACAAAGUGGAUCAGCACUUUGCCCAUGGUCAUUUUCUAAAAAUGCUACAGACAGGACCUAUCGUUACACAUCAUACUUGGGACACGAUGCACAGAACUCUUCUGAUCUGAUGGAAUUUCUGAUGACAGUUGAUGCAACAGCCCUGGUGGAAGCAAGAUACCCCGCACUAAAUCAAGAGAUAUUUUUUAACUUUUUUGCAAAUGACAACAAAUUCCAAUAUUACUCUGUUAAAUGUGCAAAUUAG